CUCCCGGUGAGCCAGGUCCUCCUGGAAAAAGGGGGAAAAAGGGGAAAAAGGGUGACCCCGGGGAACCAGGUCCGCAGGGUGUGGCCGGGACGCCGGGCAAGAACGGUUUUCCGGGACCUAUUGGGUUAGAUGGACCAAAAGGUGAGCCGGGUCGACCCGGAGAAAAAGGGCAGAAAGGCGAACUGGGAAGCCCAGGCUUUGAUGUCUUUUCCGCAGUAAAGGUCAAUGCACAGGGAUUAGGGUUAAAGAGGUCGGUGACGACGCUCCGCGGCGGGACGCUUGGCUAUGCGGAAAUCGUCGCUCUGAAGGGAGAGCCAGGCGAGCCUGGACCACCGGGGCCACCCGGUCCUCCGGGAGCCGAAGGUCUUCCCGGGCACGAAGGCAGGCAAGGAUCGCCAGGUGACGUCGGGCCAGCGGGUGAAAAGGGAGCGCCAGGACCCAUCGGGCCAAUUGGUCCGGCUGGUACGCCAGGACUUCAAGGUCCUAAGGGUGACAAGGGUGAUAGAGGCGACCGUGGUAUAACAACUUCUUUGAAUGGGGAACCAUUUCCAACUGGAGUAUUCGAAGGACCCCCCGGUCCACCAGGACCACCUGGGCCCCAGGGCGAGAAGGGGGAGCUGGGUCCGACGGGACCACCCGGUCUGCCGGGAGAGAAGGGUGCCCGGGGAAAGCAAGGGAAGAGGGGUUUCAAGGGUGAGAGCGAUGUGGCAUUGAUGAGAGGCCCACCCGGUCUACCGGGUCCAAAGGGUGAACCCGGGGAACGGGGUUACCGAGGCGAAAAAGGCAGCAAAGGAGACAUGGGCUCACCAGGAGCGAAGGGAGAACAAGGAUUACCUGGUUUUCCUGGACUCAACGGGACAGAUGGAGAGGCUGGCAUUCAGGGUCCUCCAGGAUUGCCAGGUAUUUCCGGGCCGAAGGGUGAGAAAGGUGACUACGGUGACAUCGGACCUCCAGGACUUAUGGGGCCACCAGGUUUGCCUGGUCCACCGGGUUAUCCAGGGUUGAAAGGUGAAAAAGGAGAGAAAGGAGAAUCGAAAUACAAGAAACUCAGGCGAAGGCAGGGAGAUGGUACAUUCGAAGUAAAUGCCGGCGAAGUGAUAAUGGGACCACCAGGACCACCGGGUCCAGCUGGUACUCCUGGGCUUCAAGGUCCACCAGGCAUAAAAGGCGACCGAGGACACGAUGGUGCCAAAGGCGAUCCUGGAGAGAAGGGUGCCAAAGGAGAUCCUGGUCCAAUGGGACUACCCGGCCCCAUGGGACUGAGAGGAGAAUCUGGAAAGCCCGGGGAUGCCGGGAAACCUGGUGCCAUGGGGCCACCAGGAUUAGACGGCAUGAAGGGUGCGCAGGGAGAACCAGGCACAAAGGGAGAAAGAGGGGAUCCUGGCCUACCUGGUACCGAUGGAAUUCCUGGCGCGGAGGGACCGAAGGGAGAGAAAGGUGCUAAAGGCGAAUCUGGACCGCCGGGGAAACGCGGUAGGAAAGGCGACAAAGGUAACAAAGGAGAUCAGGGUGUACCCGGGCUAGAUGCUCCAUGUCCAUUAGGGGCCGACGGACUUCCGCUAGCAGGAUGCGGUUGGAGACCACCCCAGAGAAGAAGAAAUAUUCUUCAUGAUUGGCUAGAAGAGGAAGCGGAAAAGGAAGAAGGGCAGUGAUACAAGCAUUUUAAAAGAAGAUAGUACAUAUUUUCAAGGACCUCUGUGUAUACUCCACCGUAAAAAUACAAUUCAUCCAGUUCAACGCGAAGAGAACCGAGUUAUUUAAGAAAAAGAAAUAUAUAUAUUUUUUUACAUAUAUAUAUAUUUUUUUUUCUUUUUUGGCAUAUGAAAUACGUGUAUGCCGAAAUAAUCUUCUUGCCAUCGGGUGUUGUAAAUAAGUGUACUUACAGUGUUUAGCGUCCGCAAAUAGUGCGUGUACAUAAAUAUUUAGAGCUUAUUACCGGAAAUGCGGCUAGAACAUCAUAAUUUCGCCGACAAUUUGUUUAUAAUGUAAACGUAAACAUCAGUAAUUUAUCAUAAAUUUAUAAAUUACUUUAUUUCUAAAGAGAAUAAAAUUGAUGACCGAAUUAUCCAGAUAUCGUUUGCACAAAGUAAUACAGCGAUAGCAAAGUUCUAAAACAAUAAACAAUUUUAUUGAUCUAUUAAAGUCAACAUGUUUCCUUUUUUAAAAUACGUUGCAUUCUAUGAGAAAAAAUGAUCUUUCUCUAUUUAUUAUGUGGAAAUAUCCCGUGAAAGCACAAAAUGUAAAAAGUCUAAAACGUUAAUCGUUUUAUUCUACCUUUUUUAGCUAAAAAUGAUUUCAUGUUAAUUUUAGUCAGUGUUAUUUUUCUGUUUAUUUAUUUGUUUCCUAAAAUGCAAUCAAAUGCAUUUAAGCAUGAUUAUAAUAUUGUGUAUUUAUAUAGCUUUUACUAAUUAUUACUUCUAUUAUACGUUAUUAUGUUUCUAAGAUUUUUUAAUUUAAUUUAUGUUAUUUUUGGGAGAUCUAAUUUUUCGCUUGAUUAAUAUUUGUAUAACAAUUAAGAAAUUUUUAAUUUUAUUCUCAUUAAAAAAUUGAUGUUAUAUUAAUUGUUCUAAUAAGGAACAGCUGAAAUUUUUUUCUAUAAUGUAUGUCAUUUAAGUGCACAAUACAUAUAUGCGUACCUAUGCCAUUUUAUCGCCUUUGGUACGUCUAAUAAACAAAGUGCACGAUUACCAGAAAAAAUUUUUAUACAAAUAUCAGUUAAUAAUGCAUAUCUCGACAUAAUUUUCAUCUAGAUUAGAAUAAUAUCAACUGUAAAGCAAAGGAGUAAUGUGUACACAUUGUCAAUACUGUCAAGUAUUAUUAAAUAAAGAAUAAGUAUACAUC